UUCCUCUUUGGUUCGUGUCCACCCACCAAACAGUAUCGUUUCCGGAAUGUUCAUGCCUUCGGAAGGUUCAGAAAUCCUGUAAUUUGAUAGCUAACCAUUCACUGGAAACAAUAACAAUCAAAUUUGACAGGUGGUUUCGUCAUGCGGAUCUCGUCAGUUUUGUUUACGCUUGAGGCUUCUCGUGUGGAUCUUUUUGCAAUCUAGCUAGCCAGCAACUAACAAGUCAACAGACUAUCUUCCAGCUGAUCAAAACAAGGUCAAUUGACGAUGCGUUCCACGCAAUUUGGAUGUUGUUAGAAGACCCCGCCCUCUCUCGGCAGCCUCAGCAAGACGUGGAGAAAGUGCGUUUUCCAUAAUUAACAACAAGUCCACUUGAAGCCAGAACCAUGACCCACUUCUUCAGGCACCACUGCAUAGGGCCGAUGGAAAGACACCGGUCCAUUCACUCUGACAUAUUAAGCCGUGGUGAUGGCCUGGGAGAUGGACAGCUCACACGGACCAGGGUCACCCCAAAGAGUUCUGCCCAAAACGGAACAUUCCAAGGUCGAACUGGUCUCCAGAGGUCAGGAAUCCCUCCCUACCUCAUGUGUCAAACAGGAGAGGACAGAAUUAUUUGUUACGAACCCUGAGCUUCAGAGGCCAACGCACAUCAAAGAGGAGGAGUAUGAGACCACAGUCACAUCCCUUUUAUUACUUACCAAACAGGAGAGUGAAGACAAGGAGAUUCCUGACUCUAAACCAAUGAAACUUGAGCUUCACGAUCCAGCCAGCCAAACAUGUACAGCCCGAGAGGAGGAGAAAGCUGAGCUGAAGAAGUCUGGAGGAGUGUUCCAUCCAAAGAAUUCCAGUCUCCCUAAGCUUCAGGCCCCCUCUCAGCCCUCGGCAGCUGCAGGCUCCAGUCCUCUGAGUAGGGAGGAAGAUGAGACGGAACCAGGGGUACAGGAGGACCAGCACCCUGGAGACUGGCUAGCCCCCGUGGAGGACGACGAGGCCCUGGGUGAGUCCCAGCGUCGACGGGGCUUUGAGUCCGCCAGCCGCUCCCUUUCUUCCAUCCUGGGCUCCGACUCGGAGUCAGACGACAAGGAGGGUGAAGAGGACCCCACCUGGGCCCCUGCCGACCCCCAGACCCUCCAGGACAACCCAGAUGCUGACAUCCCCGCUCUUCGAGAGGCGUCCCCACUGUGGCACAGGAAAAGAACAUCAUCGUCACGAGGUCGAGGCAAAAGAGGUAGAGAGGGAGGAAGAGGUGGUGUCUCCUCGUUUCCAGAACCCCAAAAGAAGCCCAAAAACUUUUCCUGCCAGGAGUGCGGGAAGGCCUUCAUAUCCCGCCGUGACCGGGAGAGGCACAUUCGCACUCAUAGCGGGGAGAAGCCGUUCCCCUGCCCCAGAUGUGACAAACGCUUCAACGACAGUGGGAACAUGCGUAAACACAUGCUGAUCCACUCGGGGGAAAGGCCCCACCUCUGUCCAGACUGUGGCAGGGGGUUCUCAGAGAGGGGGAAUCUCAGCAGGCACAGGGCCCACAUCCACGGCAGUAUGCCCAAGUCCGAAUGUGAAGACUGUGGGAAGACCUACAUAGAGAAAGGAGGUCUGGACCGCCACAUCAGAUCUGGAGCCUGCUCUGCAACAAGAAAAACAUGACAUUUAUAAAUGAAAAAGGUUCCUACAAUAACAGUCCAGUUUCAGCAAGUACUACCUCCAGCGAUCAAACUAUCAAAUAUGGAUUGCGACUUAACGGCCGGUGACUAGAGAGCUCGCUGGGAGAGUUCGGUGAUUCCUUACUGAAGGUAUUUUUCGCAGCAUUAGGGGGUUGGAAGUUUCAUGAAUCGAGAGACAAUAAUGACAUUAUGAAAAACAGUGCGUAUGAACUGAGGAGCUGUGUAGAAAAAUCUAUAUCAUAGAUGAAGAGAUGAUCUAGUCUAUAUUUGUAUUCUACUUCCUAUCAAUACCUAAAAAAUAUAUAUAUUUUUAGCCAUUUUAUUUUUCACAAUACUCAGUAAAAUGACAAAUGGAAAUGGAUAACUGAAUUUCAUUUAACGUUUGUCCUCCCUUAGAUAGCUUUCUCCGUGAGUGCCUUUAUGAGUAGAGAAGUGCUUUGUGAAUGUGAUGAUCUUUACUUCACUGUUAAAGUAAACAAUCAUGGAUCAAGAA